AUGUGCAAGCGUCUAGGGUUAUCCGUCGGGAUCAAAAACUAUCCCGAGGAGCCCUUGGUAUAUCCCGUGGCAGAUACUACAUGGUGUUGCGAAGGGCUGCAACGAAUUCAUUUUGAGUGUCUUCAGUGCAUUGAUGCUGACCGUAACAAGUUCGAGCAAUACCUCCGCAUCUUCUGCGAGCAGAUCACUGAGGACCAUGAUUUUCUGUUUUUCAAUUUCAACGGCCAUUGCAAGGUCAUAGACGGCGAGGCAGUUCUCGUAUUCAGGGAUGGAGAGAAAGAAGCUGGUGGUCAGUUCCCGGUGAAAAUCUUGAUCGAGAAACUUGUGAAUAGCAAGGCUAGCAAUGAUGCAGUGAUAUUUUGCCUCAUGAACUGUUGCCAUGGAGUUCCAAAGGAAAGUGCUGACAAGCUUGUGAAGCCUGGAAACAGAUCAGCUUCGUGCAAAGCCCUAGUCACCAUUUGGGCGUCAGCCUGUGGAUAUCCUGCCGAAGAAAUUCCUAAUCCAGCUGGCUGCAGCACACUCAUGCGAACGUUUGCUAGGUGCAUCGGUCAUUACUUAUCGUUGGCUGAGAUUUACAGCAGGAUUGAAACGGCAGUGACAUCGCAUGCCCUGAAUUCGGGCCGAGCACUACCUCAACAACCAUGCUUGCGUGUACAGAAACUUCCCCUACGAUCUGAUCUGUUCGUCGCUGCAUACCCCUCCGGCAAACACCCCGCUUCGACAUACGGCCGUCAACCUGCGGAUGUUGAUGAUGAUAUCACCCGGACGGAUAGUGUGAGUAUCCACGGGUUGGAACUCGGACUCACAGAUCCUUCUGAGCCAGCAAGUUCAGGCCAAUUGGCUCCGAUCCAGGUCAUGGACUUUGCAGAAGAGCAUGACAGAAAUGAGGUUAUUGGUGCAGACCAAGAAGCAGUAAAGCGGUUCUGGGUACCCGUUGUUUUUGUUGCAGCUUCCACCUUGCACAGCAUUUUGGUACUUGCCUGGUGGAUGAGGCUAGUCAAGCUACAGCGCAGCAGCCGCGACUCUUUGAGCAUUAUGGUGGCGUCAUUCAUGUGGGCCUGCUUCAGCUACAGUCCGCAGGCGCAGCAUACACAGGAGUGCAUGUGCGUGUUCAUAUCAAAGCUUGCCAGAUGCUGGCCAGGUGUGGAAAAAUUCGCAUCAAAAAGGUUCUUUCCUCUUUGCAUGGCUGCGCAGGCUUGGGGGCAAGGGUUUAUCUACAGUGAUGGGAUCGAGCUGGCAACAGGGUCCAUAUCUUGCGCUGCCACCAUGGCCCUUCUGUUUGGGUACGUUGUGCUUCUGAUGGACUAUGCACCGGCAGUUUUAGAGGAGUGGCGGGCUCGUGCCACUUGCCAGACGUCACGGAGGGCCUUCAAAACAUGGAGGGGUCUUUUCUUGGUAGCUUGCAUUUUGAGAUUGUACGCUUGGCAAGCCGAAUAUGGCUUUGCCGUGCAGCAGGGAGAGCGAAUGCAUCACCUGAUUCUGGUUGCAUUUCUCUUGGGGCUCGUCUACACUCUGGUCUUCGAUUGUGAUCCCACCUUUGUGUCGAGGGGACGGGCCUUGCCAGUGGCUGGUUUCGCUCUUACUUUCUCCAUGAUAGCGGUGCUGGCUGGCUGGUGCAGUGCAUUCAAGGAAGGCCAUUGGGUCAUGCCAUAUGCCAGGGGCGUCAUGCUUUGUGUCAUCUACAUGUCCAUCCUGUCAACUGGGGUGAUCUUCCACUGGAAUUGGAAGUUUGGCGCAGAUCCCACUGGCAUGUAA